AUGAUACAUUUUUUAUGUUGGAUAACUCUCUUGCCUGUUAGUUAUGCUUACGUAGAUCUAGAAACCAGUUUUACUAGCAAUAGAUUCACUGCUGCUGAUCUAAACGGUAUCAAUUGUAAUAACUAGGCUGGAAAUUCACCUACUUGAUAGAUGACUAUAAUAAUGGUGCUUCAAUAACUGGUCUGACUGGAAAUAGAAAUAUAGACUUAGAAAAAAGUGAAUGUUUGACAAUGGAUGGAUCGUGUACUGAUCCAAACGCAGUUUAAUACUUUGGUUUGGGUAUGUUGGGUGUGUAUGCUGGGGCUUUUAAGGAGUUUGAGAAUUUGCCUCCUCAUUGUUAACUUUACAUUUCUGCAGAAAUGGCAAUGUACUCAAAUUACCAUAUAUUAGAAAGGGGAAAGAGAUUUCUUAUUCAAGAAUGUUGUCAUUGGUAGACAUUAUGCCUGUAACAUCUUACACAGUCAAUCCUGCUGGAGAUACUGACUAUUAUGAAACGGUCACAUUAUCAGGAGUUGUCUCUCACAGCUAUCCCUUUGUAAUAAUUAGCUUUCACGCCGCAUUCUAUGUUCGUCCUAAAUCUAUGGGUAUUCGUAAUGUAAAAAUCAAAUAUACACCAUGUCCUCCUGGAUGUUUAAUUUGCUCAAUGAUGGAUGUUUAAGCGCAAUGUUCUUAAUGGGUUUUGGGUUAUGAAGGAUUAGGCUUGACAUCUAAGCUCUUUGCUAAUGACGGAUGGCAAAUAACCAACACUUAGGAAUAAUUUAAGGAUUUGAGUCAUGACGUAAGCACAAUUUCCUAUGCAUAUUGCUUGUCUCCAGGCCUUGGCCCAUUUAUCUAAAAUUAAGAUGUUGAAAUAAAUCUAUUUUUGGAUCCGCAUUAUGAAAUUCGGAUUGUUUUCUACUUGAUAUAAAAAUAUACUGAUACUAGAUUCUCACCAAUGGUUGUCGUUAGGAUCGAUGGACUAGAAAUUUACUCAUUCACUAUCAAAAGUACAAUUCCUUUAAUUAAUUUAUGCGAAUGGGAUGCCUCUGAUUAUUUUUCUCUAAGAAAAGAAAAGUUGACAAGGAGAGUAGACUUAAACUACAAAAGCACAAAACGUAAGAUUCAUGUUUCUCUCAGAACCUAAACUAUUACAGUACCAGUUAUUUUUGAUCAAAACAUUUUAAAAGAUUUUCAAGUCUACAUCAAAAAAUGCUAUUCAGAACCUAACUUCUCUUGUGAUGAAUGCGUCGGUCCUGAAAAAAAUGACUGCAUACAAAAAGCUAAAGUAACCAAAUUUCAGUAGAUUGCUGCAAAUGAUUUCUCAGCAGGCCAUGGAUGGUAAGUAAUGUUACCAGAGACUGGUGGUGUUUAGAUUUGUAAUGGAAGAGCCUAUUUUGGUUUGGAUUCAACCAAAGUUACCAAUUCAUACAUUUAAAAGUCUUUUUCGUUUAAUGAUCCCCACACUGAUAUUGAAAUAUCGUUUGUCAUACAAAAAAUAGAUAAGUACACAACUGAGAAAUUUCAAAUCUAUUUGGAUGAUGGCUUGAUUGACGAAAUCCCAUUUUCAACCUUUGAUAGUCAAUUUAGUUAUUGUGGUUCUAGUGAGAAUGAUGCCUAAUUGUUUUAUCAAAAGAAGAUUGCUCAUACCAGACCAUAUUCGGUCAUUUAAAUGAAAUCAACUUAAACUGUUACUGAUGGUAUUAAUUACAAUUAUAUUCAGGCCUUUUUGGUAUAUACAAUUUCAAACUUAAAGCUAAAAAUGGAUAGGAAUCCUAAGAUCUGUAUAAUGAUUUAUCCAUUAACCCUAUUAUUGGCUCAACUCAAUGGAAUAAAUGGAUAGUUACCUAAUCCAUUAAUGAUCUUAAAUAAUAUGUUUGUGAUAGUUCAGUUACAAUAUUGGGUAAACUCUAGCCAGAAAUGUAAAUCAGAAGAUUUUUGUAAAAUAUAGCCGUUCAUACAUAAAUAAGGAUUCAAUUCACUAUUUAUUUAUUCACAAGUAACUUUAAUAAUAAAAUGUUGACCUUAAUCCUUAAUAAUAAAACUAUUUGGGAAUAAACUAUUUAUUGGUACAAUUAAAUAGCUUGCGAUGCCAAUUUAGAUACUUUUGUUGUCAAAGGAGAUAUCAUAAUGGAUCACAAUUUAGAUUAUGCCUUCUUUGUAUGGAGCAGUAGUGUCUCAGAUCUAGCUGCUUCAUGGGGGAUUGCAGACUUUAAAUUAUUUAUUUCAUGA